AUGAAUGAGGAACGUGCCCAUACGGUUUCCGGAGGCGCCCAGGACAUGAAGAGGUUACUGGACACAGUCUUUGCCAACUACAGUGUCCAUGUAAGACCAGCGGUCAGCUACGGCCAUCCGACACAAGUUAAGUUCCAGAUGUUUCCCAACGCCGUUUUGAGCCUUGCCUGGGUGGACGAGCUACUGCGUUGGUCUCCUGCGGACUACGGUGAGAUAGAAGACUUCCUGGUACCCCAAGCUGACGUGUGGAAGCCCGACAUUGCAUUUGGGCGGUCCAGACUUGAAGAGGAUGCUUACUUUGGGAGCGAGAGAUCGAACGUUGAAGUUGCCUCAACAGGUCUCGUCCGCUGGGAGCCAAGUUUCAACUACAAACUGAUGUGUGAGGUACUUUUAGAAGGGUUGCCGAUGAACAUGUCCCUGAUGAUUUCGAACGGGGAGUUUGAGGUCGCUUACGAGAAAUUCGAGGUCAAAACCUAUACUUACUCCUACACCAAGGACACUUACGACGCAUUGGCUUACUACUUGAAAAUCACGAGGCGGCCAGCUUACAAAGGCAUGAGAUCUCUGCCUCCUCCUCCCCCUCAUCCUCAUCUCAGCCCUGUGUCCCUUACCCUACCUGCUGGAACCAGAAAACCCGGACAAGUUCCCGGUGGCCGUCUCGCUCCUGCUCUCCUUCACCGUGUUCCUGGAAGUAUUGGACGCUAA